AUGGCAAUAAUCCAUAAAGUAGGAAGCUUGGAGGAAUAUGAAUUAGUUAUCAUGUUUAUCGAUUUUGACAUCAGUGAAAAUAACCAGCUGAUGGGAUUAAAUAUCAAAAGAUCCAACAUAAGGAUAUGGAUACAUGACAAAGAUAUUGGAAAAUUACAGCAAGUACUUUGGCAAGGACAUGGUGAUAAAUUGCGAGCAGAGACUUCAAAAAAUCCACGUGUGAGAAAGUUCUUGGAAGCUGUGCCACAUUUAAUGAACAAUAUCAAAGAUGUCCAUGAAGCUACUGUGGAGAAUAAAUUAGAACAACUAAUUCAAACGACAGAGGAUCCAGUGGUUCCAGCAAUACUUUCUAGCAAGGAUGCUAAUGGUCUCACACCUUUGCACAAAAUGGACGGGCUGCAGGUCUUUGGGCAUUCCGAGCUGGUGGCUUACAUUUUGCGCAGGUGGCCAAAUUCAGUUGAUCUAGCCGAUAAAGAAGGAAGAACGGCGGCACAUUAUGCUGCUGCAGCUCGAGAUGGAGACAAAUGCUUCGAUAUGCUGAUACAAGCAGGAGCUGAUCCGGCUAGAUUGGAUUCGAAACAAAAAGCACCAGGCUACUACAAGGCAAAACCAGCUGAAUUGGAACGAGCCCUUUUAACAGUGAUUCCAGAAGCUCCAAGAGUAGCCAGUAAGAAUUUUCCAUCGGGAUGGGAUUGGGGUAUAUUAUCAGGAGCCUCAUCACUUCAAGGUCUUAGCUCCAAACGGGGAUCACAAAUAUUUGGACCCACCACUGAGAAAAACAACGCUAAGCUGGGACACACACCUGAAUAUUAUAAUCACAAUAACGAAGAAUUAUCAUUGGAUGGAUUGCUCAAGGACUAUGGAUCUGAAGGAUAUGUCAUAAAUCAAAAUUUGAAGGAUAAUGUUCCCAACGACAAGUUCUCAUCGCGCCGCCAACUGGAUGACGCCGAUAGAUUGGCAACUUUGGAGCGCUGCUUCUCCCUGCUUCAAGGAAUACGACUUCAUACUGCAUCGCUUCCUACAGGAACACUAGCUUCUCAUUAUCAAACACCAGCUAUGGUAACAUUAUCCAAAUUCCUUCGACGAGAACCUUUCGACCGUGUCAAGAAACGGGUCACCAGAAAAGAUCAUGAUUUAUUUGAUAUCAUAUGGCCUGGAGUCAAAAAAUUACCCGAAGAACGCGGUGUGAUUUCCUGUUUUGAAGAAGAUUUUAUUGGUGGUGUGUUGAUACCAGAUUUUGAUACUUAUGAGGUUUAUCCAGAAUUUCUUUGGCAGUUUUUAAAACACUUGCACCGACAGAAUUUAAAGUUUGAUUUGCCAAAACAGCCAGAGACUUAUUUUAACGAGAAUAAAGGUUUGAGUGAUCUUAGGCUUGAUGCUCAAGGCAAGAUUUUGAUAUCAAGUGUAAUAGAAGUUUCUAGAAAUUUAGAUUACUAUGAGCUGCCUGUAAAUUUAACAGUCAAACAACUGGAAGACGUUGAGCAAGUACUAACGCAACUUUUGCUAAGUAGAGCUUUUGAUGAGGGUUUGCUCAUACCAAUUUGUGAAGUUAGCACAGGUGCUGAUGGCGAUAGUUUGCAAGAACGUUUGUAUGGUAAAAAUUGGCCAUAUGGUCGUGGAGUUUUUGUGAACCAAGCCCAUGAUACUGCAAUUUGGAUAAAUGUUUUGGAUCACAUUCGUGUUGUAACAUGUGCACCAUCUGUCGAUCCUGACAAAAUAGGACUGGCUUAUGCUAAAAUGGCUGAAGUCACUCGCAGUUUAGAAGAAUACUUAAUUUUCAAAAGGCAUCCAGUUCUAGGAUGGCUAUCAGCAAGACCUUUCUGUAUUGGAAAUGGGUUAAAAUUCACAGUAAUCGCACAUUUGCCACAGUUGACCAAGGAGCCUGAAAAUUUAAAGCAUAUGUGUCAUGUUCGUGGUAUUUAUUCGAGAACUAGUAAAUUAAAUCAUGACAUAGUGAGGAUGUCAAAUCUUCAAAGUCUGAGCGUUACUGAGGACCAAUGUUUUAGAGAUUUUGCAACUGCUGUUAUGAAUAUUUUGGUUUUGGAGAAGGAAAUGGUUUCACAAAAUACUUUGCAUAUAGCUAGAAGUUUUUUGAACUUGUUUCGAAGAAAAACGUCAAUGAAUGGAUAG